UAAAACAAUAAAAGAAGCGGGAACAGGGAGGCUGGAGUGUUUUUUUUACAACUGUUUAUAUUAAUUUUAUCACUUUUUAAAUGUAUACAUUGUAAGUUCAUUAAAUAUUAUUGUUAGAAAAUGAGUACACGAUCAAAAAAGAAGCAGUUAAUUACGGAUACAAAGGAUUCACUGUUACGAAAACGCGUUGAGAACUCAUGGAUUCUACUCGUAAACGAUUCUCUACUGAAUAAUGAUAACUUUCAAAUUAUUUCACUGCCACAUCCAGCGCACGGCAAUCCUGCAAAGUAUGUUCUGGAUAAUCUUCAUCUCAAGAUAUAUGAAGUUGUAACCUUCAGUGAACCAUAUAGAUCAUGGUUUAUAGAUGAUACAGUAAAGUCUGAUGGCAGUAUUAUGAUGGUAACACCAAUUAAUCCAUUGUUUUUAGUUUUACCAAGACUGAGAGAACAGUGUACAAGCAGAGCUAUUCCUUUGGAAGACUUAUUAUCAGAAAAGGGUUUUGACAAAAUCUUGGAUUUCAUCAUAAACUUAGAUGCCAUUGCAGAUUUAAAGGGGCCACCGGAUAUAAGAGCAUAUAAAUAUAAUGAAGGGAAGACUCUUAGUUGGCUGGAGAAUAAAAUACGUAAACUAGCUGUAGUAUUGAGAGAGAAAAACGUUCAUGUAACAUCUGGAGCAGUUUCAGCAACCUUUGUAUCGAGUAAUUUGACUAAUGAAAAUAUAGAUGAAGAAUUUUACCUUAAAUAUGCCCAUGGGAUGAUAGCUGAUUAUAUUGAAGAGGAUUUUAUUGAGUUACUUGAAAAGAAAUUGGAUUUUAAGUCUGAUCAAAUUGAAUAUGUUGGCAACAAAAGGCAAUCGGAGGUAGACAGUGAAGGAGUGAAUAAAAGAAUGAAACUAGAUUUGAGUUUGAAUGGAGACUCAGAGGAAGUCAAAUUCAGCUUAAAUAAUUCAACUACAGAAGUCAAAAAACAAAAACCAUUAACUGCAAAAGAAAAGGCUAGACAAAAAGCUGCUAUGACAAAUGUACCUAAGGAGCAACAGUUAGAGAGUGGCGGGGACGAGCUGGCGGAGGUGUCAUGGCGUCACCAACAGCAACCAUCCUAUGCACCACCAAUUUCGUCAGCGGCCGAUCCCUACAGCGCGGCAGGUUAUUAUGGCACAACAGCUCUUCCUUAUCAGGCAUUUGGAGUUGGGGAUGGAACAUGGUCCGCCAAUGGAACAGACCCAAUGACUUUCCUUGGAGGAUACAAUCCUCACGAUUCUUAUGGCAUGGACGGUGUAUUCGGACCAUCUACAACACCAUUUUCAACAGCUGCAUUCGGGCAGCCAUCAACAUUUAAUUAUUUUCCCGGUAACGGUGACUACUCUACUUGGGGUCAAUUAGGUCGUGCGAAGCAGUACGAUGAUUAUUAUAGAAAUGAUGGGCUCUACGUCCCAGAUGGCGUUAAGGCAGUGGAAACCGGCGUACAGGCGCUAUCGCUCGGCGAACACAAUAAGGGCGACAAAGAUAGAACACCCGAACUCAAAGACGUUUCGAGCGGAUCGCAACCCAAAAAGAUGACGUGGGCUUCAAUAGCUAGCCAGCCGGCGAAGCCCGCUCCGGCCAUGCAGACCGGGGGGCUCAAGAAGAAGGGACCAGGAAUGCCACCGCCACCAAUAGUGCCGGGGAAACAUAAUAUGGACAUCAGUACGUGGGAUGCUGGCAAGAGCGCCCCUGUGGUGACGGCGCCGCCUCCACCACCGCACCAGCCCCCGCCGGUGCCGGCUCCGCUGCCGAUGCCGCAAUCUGCGCCGGUCCCGGCUCCAGCGCCCGUACCGCGCGGCCCGCCGCCGCAACACCAGCCGCCGCCAGCUUGGACGCAGCACGUUCCUCGCGUGCCACUUCCGCACCAGCCGCGUGCUCCGCUCCCGACGCAACCCGUGCCCGUGCCAGCGGUCAUGCCCGUGCCGACGCCAGCUAAUCCCCAUCCAGUACUGGAAGAGUUGCGCGUGAAAAACGAAUAUAAUCCCAAGGAAUUCGAUCUCAGCGCCCCGCUCGCCCGCUUCUUCGUGAUCAAAUCGUACUCGGAGGACGAUAUCCAUCGUAGCAUCAAAUACGAAAUCUGGUGCAGCACCGAACACGGUAAUAAACGCCUCGACGCUGCGUUUCGUGAUCGCGAACGUGAAGGCGGUAUGAUAUACCUCUUUUUCUCUGUGAACGGUAGUGGCCACUUCUGUGGUAUGGCCCGCAUGAUCAGUGCUGUUGAUUAUAAUUCGAACUCAAGUGUGUGGUCGCAAGACAAGUGGAAGGGACAAUUUCGUGUUAGGUGGAUAUAUGUUAAAGAUGUUCCUAACGUUCAACUGCGUCAUAUCAAAUUAGAAAACAAUGAGAACAAACCGGUGACAAACUCUCGCGAUACUCAGGAGGUUCCGCACGUCAAGGGUCUCCAAGUGCUACGUAUUAUGCAUAGUUACUGCCAUUCCACCUCGAUAUUUGAUGAUUUUAUACAUUACGAGCGGCGCCAGGAGGAGGAGGACUCUCGCAAAGUUCCCGUGCACAGCCCACAGGACAACAGCCGCGAAGAACAAGAGGGAGGUCGCGGGUAUCGCAAUUACCGCGAUUAUCGGGACCACCGCGACGGACGGGACGGGCGGGACGGCCGCGACGGACGCGACGGACGCGAGCAUCGGGACGGUCGCGAUAACAGGGAGCAUAGGGAUGCACGAGAUCAUCGAGACCCUAGAGACACGCGCGACCCACGCGACCCGCGCGAUCACAGGGACGAUCGUGACGGGCGAGACAAUCGCGACCAUGGUGGUUACCGUGACAGGGAUACCGGUUAUAGGCCCCACCAUAAGGAUCGCGACGGUUCGCGCGGCCGUGGACGUCCUCGUAACUGAUCAUACUUAGUGAGUGAGAAUAAUUUGAGGACUGGCUUCUCUCCAUAGACAACUAGUAAAUAAUUGGUACCGCAUUGCGAGUAGUGUAUGCGAAAUAGCAUACACAAAACUGGAAUGAGGAACCACCAGUGAUGAGACAUCACUAUAACAACUUGAACUAUUAUGUAAAAUAGAUUAUUAAUUGUUUUGAACAGUGCUUUCGCUAAGGAAAAGAAACAUUCAACAAAUUAAAAUGUGCUAAAUAAUAUUUUAUACUGGAAGAACAUUUAAUUAAAUAAUGACUAGUGAACAGAACAUUAAUUAAUUGUCAUAAAUUGUCAUGUGUUGGUUUCAUAUCACAUGAUGUUGUGUGGAAUUGUGGACUUUGUUUCAAAUUUGUGGACUAAAUCAAUGAUAUAUAGUAAUUUUAUAACUAGAAAAUUCUGUGGUGAGAGGAGUUGAUCCUUUUGUUUAAGGACUGGUGGAUUAAAUGAGUAUGAUGAUUACGAUAACAUCAAAAUAGUGCACUGAUUUGGUGUAGUGUACAAACAAUACUUUAAUGAUCAGUGUUACGAAUGCCGGAAAUAGUUUAUACUUAUCUACGGAUACUUGUAUGACUUUUAUAAUACAAGAGAAAAUGUAAUCACGUGAGAUGUUGUACAUGGACAUUUUAUAUACAGUUUUAUAUUCAUACAGGAAUUCUCUCGUAAUAUACAUUUGUUUUAAUUUCAUAUGAUAAGUGCUCUUAUUUUAACAUUAUUUUUAUUUGUGACCCAUCAUCUUGUAAACUCUUAAUGCCAUUUGUAUUACGUAUGCAAAAUCAUUGUUAACAUUAAUUUUAUCCCAUUGAUUUAUUAAUAUGAACUGAUUGUUCGUGUUUUUAAACAUUUGUACAUAAUAUGUAUUUUAAUAAAGGAAAACUUAAAAUAUUUUCUACUAUUAAGUGCAACAAUAGCGAGUAACGAGGGAAAAUUGGUUGAAAAAGAUUGUUUUGCCAUUAUAUUCUUUAUCUGUGAAUGUUUAAAUUCCCACCUUAUUUUUUUUCAAGUGUAAAUUUUUGCCAUUUGUCAAAUUCUGCUUCAACCUAAUAAUGUUUACAUAUUAUUUGUGUUAAAGUUAAUUAAAAUGUAAUUAUUGUUUUCAAAGCAUUAUAUGGUUUUACCAUUUUUUUUAUAUGCAAUAUUUAUAUUGUUGUCAAUCUUUUUUUACAACAGAAGUAAAUGCUUGAGAUAAAUUAUUUUAUUUUUAUAAUAAAAUAUUGAACAGCAAAAAGCCAAUCAAAUUGUAAAACUUUGAAAUAGCUUAUGUUCAUUUUCUGUAACUGCGCAGUGUUUGUUUAUUAUAAAGCGAUUAUGUGAACUUGUAUUGAGUUCAAUAUUGAUACUGAAUUAAAACUGUCGUAGACGUUG